GGAUCUGGGCUCAGCCCUGUCGCUCCCCACCUCGCGGCCUGUCAGUUCUCAUUUUCUUUUGGGAGUAUCCAUGCUUCACCAUGUUGAGAGCUAAGAAUCAGCUUUUUUUGUUGUCACCCCAUUACCUGAAGCAGCUAAAAGAUCCAUCAGCCUCCACAUGGAAACGGCUCCUGCAUCAGCAGAAACCCCUUCACCCAGAAUGGGCCGUGCUGGCCAAAAAGCAGUUGAAAGGCAAAGAUCCAGAGGACCUCAUAUGGCGCACCCCAGAAGGGAUCUCUAUAAAGCCCUUGUAUUCCAGGGCAGAUACUAUUGACUUACCUGAAGAACUUCCGGGAGUGAAGCCAUUCACACGUGGACCGUAUCCCACCAUGUAUACCUAUAGGCCCUGGACCAUCCGUCAGUAUGCAGGCUUUAGUACUGUGGAAGAAAGCAAUAAAUUCUAUAAGGACAAUAUCAAGGCUGGUCAGCAGGGCUUGUCCGUUGCCUUUGACCUGGCAACACAUCGAGGCUAUGAUUCUGACAACCCUCGAGUUCGUGGAGAUGUUGGAAUGGCCGGAGUUGCUAUUGACACUGUGGAAGACACCAAAAUCCUCUUUGAUGGAAUUCCUUUAGAAAAAAUGUCUGUUUCCAUGACCAUGAAUGGAGCGGUCAUUCCAGUCCUUGCUACGUUUAUAGUAACAGGGGAAGAACAAGGCGUGCCGAAGGAGAAGCUCACUGGCACAAUUCAGAAUGAUAUCCUAAAGGAGUUCAUGGUCAGAAAUACGUACAUCUUCCCCCCAGAACCAUCCAUGAAAAUUAUCGCUGACAUUUUCCAAUACACAGCACAGCACAUGCCAAAGUUUAAUUCCAUUUCCAUUAGUGGGUACCAUAUGCAGGAAGCAGGAGCUGAUGCCCUUCUAGAACUGGCCUAUACCAUCGCAGAUGGCUUGGAGUACUGUAGAACGGGACUUCAGGCUGGACUCACAAUUGAUGAAUUUGCACCAAGGUUGUCUUUCUUUUGGGGAAUUGGGAUGAACUUCUACAUGGAAAUCGCAAAGAUGCGAGCUGGGAGAAGACUGUGGGCUCACUUAAUAGAAAAAAUGUUCCAGCCUAAAAACUCCAAAUCGCUUCUCCUGCGAGCACAUUGCCAGACGUCAGGCUGGUCGCUUACUGAGCAGGAUCCUUACAAUAACAUUGUCCGCACUGCAAUCGAAGCGAUGGCAGCUGUGUUUGGAGGAACACAGUCUUUGCACACGAACUCUUUUGAUGAAGCUCUAGGCUUGCCCACUGUGAAAAGUGCUCGAAUUGCCCGAAACACACAAAUCAUCAUUCAAGAAGAAUCUGGGAUUCCAAAAGUGGCUGAUCCUUGGGGAGGAUCGUACAUGAUGGAGUCUCUCACAAAUGAUGUGUAUGAAGCUGCUCUGAAGCUGAUACAUGAGGUUGAAGAAAUGGGUGGAAUGGCCAAAGCUGUAGCUGAAGGAAUACCCAAACUUCGCAUCGAAGAAUGUGCUGCCCGAAGACAAGCUAGAAUAGACUCUGGUUCUGAAGUGAUUGUUGGUGUAAAUAAAUAUCAGUUGGAAAAAGAAGACUCUGUGGAAGUUCUGGCCAUCGACAAUACUUCCGUGCGCAAGAAGCAGAUUGAGAAACUUAAGAAGGUCAAAUCCAGCAGGGAUCAAGCUCUCGCUGAGCGGUCUCUCGAGGCACUUACCCAGUGUGCUGCCAGCGGAGACGGCAAUAUUUUGGCUCUCGCAGUGGAUGCAGCUCGUGCAAGGUGUACAGUUGGGGAAAUCACAGAUGCUUUGAAAAAGGUAUUUGGUGAGCACAAAGCUAGUGAUCGCAUGGUGAGUGGAGCAUAUCGACAGGAGUUUGGAGAAAGUAAAGAGAUAACAUCUGCCAUCAAGAGAGUUAAUAAAUUCAUGGAACGUGAAGGUCGCAGACCUCGUCUUCUUGUGGCAAAAAUGGGACAAGAUGGCCAUGACAGAGGAGCCAAAGUCAUUGCUACAGGCUUUGCUGACCUUGGUUUCGAUGUGGACAUAGGCCCUCUUUUUCAGACUCCCCGCGAAGUGGCGCAGCAGGCUGUGGAUGCAGAUGUGCAUGCGGUGGGCGUCAGCACACUUGCUGCUGGUCACAAAACGCUUGUUCCUGAGCUUAUCAAAGAACUUACUGCCCUGGGACGGCCAGAUAUCCUUGUCAUGUGUGGGGGCGUGAUUCCACCACAGGAUUAUGAGUUUCUGUAUGAAGUUGGUGUUUCCAAUGUAUUUGGUCCUGGAACCCGGAUUCCCAGGGCUGCUGUUCAAGUGCUUGAUGAAAUUGAGAAGUGUCUGGCAGAGAAGCUGCGAUCUGUGUAACACCUGGAUCUUUAGUUACGUCCAAAGGAGAUAGCAGUAAAGCUAUGUCUUCAGGUAAUUCCAGCACCUGCUAAUGUGCUCGCCUUGGAAGCCUCACAUUACAAGGCCCUGAUUAUAAAUGUGUGGUCAUGCUUAUACACAUAUUUAAAGAGUCUGAGUUAAAACAUAAAAUCUGAAAAUCUACACCAAGUGUUUCUCCAGUACAUUACUUCAGAAAAUUAAAAUGCUGUACUGCUUAGAAAUAAUUAACAAUACAAUUACUUAUAAAUAACUCUUUGUGUUGUUUUUUUAAGACAAGGUCUCACUUUGUAGCCCUGGCUGUCCUGGAACUCACAAUAUAGACCUGGCUGGUCUCAAUUCACAGAGAUCCACCUGCCUUUGCCUCCCAAGUGCUGAGAUUAAAGGCAUAUGCCACCACGUCUAGCAAAUAAUUAAACUUUACAUUUAAAAAUUUGACUGAUUCUUUAAUUUGGUGUUUAUUUGAGUACUGGAAACUCAAGUUCCUGUGUUAAUAUGUUAAUAAAAUAAUGACAUUUAUAUUAGAAGAAAUUGUGGGGGGUAUUUAUGGAUGGAAAUGGAUUGAAGUUAUGGUCCUCAGCCAGAUCUACCAUUGCUUCAAUUAAAAAAAAAAAAAAAGCACCAUCCCCUGCACAGUGGAAUAGGGAACACAAGCAGAUAUGCCUUCCAGGAUUGCUUCAAUUCUUUGUCAGCAUGGAAUGAUAUUGUUAAUGUCAGGCCUGACUCAAAGCUCCAGAAAAGAUGUUUGUGACCCUUCUUUAAAUGAUGUGCUGAUGAUUCUGUGAAUUCUUCUAAAAUGGCAAUCUAAAUCUAUUUUGUUGUUGUUGUUGUUGGUGGUUU